AAGGUUUUAAUUACGGUUGCAUUAUAAAAUGGUGGACAAGGGUUGGGUGCACCUUUGCAGAGUUGAUCCUGCUUAUGAGAGAGGGGCUGCAAACUUUGUACGGACUGUGGCUGCGGCAAUGGGAGACGUUGAUAUGAUUGUAUGUCCUUGCAUUGAUUGUCGUAAUAUAGAUCGUCACUCAGCCAGUGUUGUAGUUGAUCAUCUUGUAACAAGGGGAAUGGACGAGCCUUACAAGAUGCGGUCUGAUUGGUAUCAUCAUGGAGAAUUGAAUCCAGUGGUUGGAGGUGAAAGCAAUCAAAAUCAGUGGCAUGAUGAAAUUGUUGGGUUAUAUGAAGCAGCUGAAUAUUUGGAUGAAGAGUUUGCUUCCAAAGUUGAGAUUGCAGAGGAUGAAGAGUACCAAAAGGUUACAGUGCUUAAGCAGAUGGGAUGCUUGUGGAGGUCCUGGAAAUCAAGGCAAGUUACAAACAUUAGAGAAGCUAAGACUAACCAAGAGAGGAUGAACAUGCGACCUAAAAAUAUUUCUCCAUUUGAUUGGCGUAAAUUUGUGAAGCUCAAAACUAGCAAAGAAUUUAAGGUUGUAAGCGAUAGCUACAAGGAAAGAAGGCGCAAUCAGAUUCCACACACUUGUAGUCGCAGGGGAAUGGUUAGACUAGCAGAAGAUAUGAAAACUGCUAGUGUAGACCCAUCUGAAGUGACACGCCUAAAGGUUUGGGUUAAGUCACGUACUAAGAAAGAUGGUACACCAGUGAAUACGAAUGCUGCUGAAAAGAUUAAAAAGGCAGAGGAGAUUGUUAACAGUGAUAAUCCAUCACAUGCAACAAAUGAAGCACAAGAUUCACUAAGCCAACUGUUAGGGCCUGACAAUCCUGGUAGAAUGAGAGCAAUGGGUCGCAAUAUGAAUAAGACCAAGUUAGCUUGUUUCCAAGUGAAGCACAAGUGUAUGGCUGAAAUGCAAGAGAAUCAGCUUCAUCUCCAGAAGAAGGUCAAUGAGCUACAAGAUGUAAUUGAGAAAAUGAAGAACCAGAGACAAUCACCUGAAGUAGGUGAAAACUCAGCUGCAAGAAGUGUGAACAAAAAAUCACAACCAAAAUGUGUCUUACUUGAUUGGGCUGGUUCUGAUGUAAAAGUUGCUGAGGGAUGUAUUAUUUCUUCUGAUCCGGGUGAAUUAGUUAAUGAUUGUCGCUUAGGCCCUACGGAUGUUAAAGUCUUGAUUGACACUGCUAUUGAACCAGAAGCAUUCUUUUGGAGACCUGCGGCUAACAUGUUCACCAUUGAGAAAGCUGUUGGACAUAUGAUUGCAUGGCCUGCUGCUAUGUGUGUUAACCUAGAAGAGGAUCUCCAACAAGAAGACAUUGAAGGCCAGGGACCAAGACCUAACUCUGUGAACAAAUGCAAACUACUGGAUUUGUCUUCAAAUGAGAUUGUUGUUGCAGAAGGACGUUGGCAGACACAAGAACAAAACGCAUUAGUCAAUGGGCUUCCUCUCGGACCAGCAGCAUCUUAUGUAGCAUGGCCUGUCCACAAAGUGAUCUUUGAAAACCCUACAGAUGCAACAUGUCAGAAAUCUCCACUUCAGACUUCUGCUGCAAGAGGAAAAUCACCAUUGGAAGCAGCAGCAUCAGUAGGAAAAUCAGCAGCAUCAGAGAAAGCAGCAGCAUCAGGGAAAGCAGCAGCAUCAGGGAAAGCAGCAGCAUCAGGUACAAAAUCCGUUGCAACAGUUUCAAAAGCUCUAGCUGAGAAGUCCACAGCUACAGGUUCAAAGUCUCCUGUCAAGAAAAGUCAGCUGCUGGAUUCACAACUCCCUCUAAGAAGAUCUCCGCGUAAAAGUGUAGCUGAAGUUAUCAAGGCCAAUCAGAAGUGUAAGUUAAUGGAUAUUAGUGGAAAGAAGCAGGUGGUUGCUGAAGGACGUGUGCAUUCAAUCGACCCAGACCUAAAGGUACACCAUGUUCGAUUGGGGUCUAAUGCAGCUAGAGUUUGGGUGGAUGUAGUGAAAAUAGAUGAUGCAGCAGUUUGGAGGCCAUCAGAUGAAAUCGAGUAUAUGAGAGAUUCACUUGGUUCAGCUAUUGCAUGGCCAAUGGAUAAGUUGGUCAUCUAUUGAGUUUAAGAAUAAACUGGGGGAAUGAAGACACUUUGGUCCA